AUGGAGAGCGGGGGUCCGGGGAGAGAACGUGAGGAGGGGGAUGGCGGCAGAGGCCGCUUGGGAGAAGGUGCUCCAUCCGUUGGGCUGAUAUUCCAUGGUUUUUCCUUGAAAUCGCUGCCUCGGAGGUGUCAGCUGGCGAAGCAGAGCUCCAUAACCGCUGCCAGCCCGACGCUGCGAGACAACAGUUGUCUUCCCAGUAGUUCGCAAUACACCGUCUUCAAAAGUUUUGGCAAUUCACAUGCCUUAAAGCUCGCUGCAGAUCAAGUGUCUGCCAAGCUGCAGAGGCCUCCAGCUGUUGAAAGGUGUGAUGAUGAAUCCAUGAGAGCAUUGGCACUCUUCAGAGAGAGAACUGCAUCAUUGAUACAGCGACUUCUAAGAAACAAGAGAAAUACUGGAUUUGUAGAGACAGCAGUGAGAACCAUGGCUCAUGUAAUCAAAGGAGUUUCUUUGUUGUGUGUAUCUUUUCAGAACGCAACAGGAAUUCAAAAUGAAUCAGGAGUGACACAUCUGUUUGUAUAUAUCAUGCACAAUUGUGUUAUUGAAAGAUUACUUGUGGAAAAAAACACAACUGAAGCUACUGUUACUGUGGAGACCCUGGAUGAUGUACCUGAGCACGUGCUUAGGGGGCUUCCCGAGGACGUGAGGCUCUUCCCAUCUGCUGUUGACAAGACACGGCUUGGUGUCUGGGCAACAAAAUCAAUUUUAAAAGGGAAGAAGUUUGGACCAUUCGUUGGUGACAAGAAAAAGAGAUCUCAAGUUAAGAGCAAUGUAUACAUGUGGGAGGUGUAUUACCCAAAUCUGGGAUGGAUGUGUGUCGAUGCAACUGAUCCAGAGAAAGGGAACUGGCUGCGGUAUAUAAACUGGGCACGUUCAGGAAAGGAGCAGAAUCUGUUUCCUCUGGAGAUCAACAGAACCAUAUACUACAAAAGUUUAAAG